UUUCACUUCCGGGAGAAGAGGCGCUAAUAACCCGGAAGUGGUCGUGGGUGCGGCGCUGUUUAAAGAUGGCGGCGGAGGAACCUCAGCAGCAGAAGCCGGAGCCGCUGGGAAGCGACUCCGAAGGAGUGAACUGUUUGGCCUACGAUGAAGCCAUCAUGGCCCAGCAGGACCGAAUUCAGCAAGAGAUUGCUGUCCAGAAUCCACUGGUGUCCGAGCGUCUGGAGCUCUCUGUGCUUUACAAGGAGUACGCGGAAGACGAUAAUAUCUAUCAACAGAAGAUCAAGGAUCUACACAAAAAAUACUCUUACAUCCGAAAGACCAGGCCGGACGGCAACUGUUUCUACCGAGCCUUCGGGUUCUCCCACCUGGAGGCCCUUCUGGAAGACAGCAAGGAGCUGCAGAGGUUCAAAGCCAUCUCUGCCAAGAGCAAAGAGGACCUGGUGUCUCAGGGCUUCACCGAGUUCACAAUUGAAGAUUUCCACAACACGUUCAUGGACUUGAUCGAGCAGGUGGAGAAGCAGACCUCGGUGGCUGAACUGCUGGCCUCCUUCAACGACCAGAGCACCUCUGACUACCUGGUGGUCUACCUGCGGCUACUCACCUCAGGCUACCUGCAGCGCGAGAGCAAGUUCUUCGAACACUUCAUUGAGGGCGGGAGGACCGUCAAAGAGUUUUGUCAGCAGGAGGUGGAGCCCAUGUGCAAAGAGAGUGACCACAUUCACAUCAUCGCGCUGGCGCAGGCCCUCAAUGUCUCCAUCCAGGUGGAAUACAUGGAUCGUGGUGAGGGCGGCACCACCAACCCCCACGUCUUCCCGGAGGGCUCCGAGCCCAAGGUGUAUCUACUGUACAGACCCGGACACUACGACAUCCUUUACAAAUAGGUCUAGCCAAGCCUCGGGGGUCGGUCGUAGUGCAGACCCCAGCUGCCAAAGCCCAGAGGCCUCUGGGGGCUGAAUGGGGCCACCCUCCACGGCCUUCCAUCGCCCUCCGGGGGGCUUCUUCCCAGGACCGCCACGCUGGGAGAUGACGCCAUUGCUUUUGUUUCAGUAGCUGGAUCUUCUCCUGAUGCCACGGCCCCCCUCCCCUGGGGUCUGCAGGGUCUCUAACCCUAACUGUGCUUCCACAUGUGGGUCCCCUGCCCUGGCGCCGGCCCGGUCUGCGCCUAGGCGGGGUCCCCACUGUACACUCAGCCCUGCAGACAGGGCCGGGUGAUGCCUCGGCCCUGGCUGGGGAGCCUCCGGGCGGACCCCCAGCUGCCUCUGCUUCUGUCCCGGUGCCCGCCCGUCUCGCUUCUUAGAAGGUUUGGCUUGUUCUUCACCCUGCCCCCAGCAGGGGGCGCUGCCGCCCCGUAGCAGCAUGGUGCAGCCCCCUCCUCUGCCCUGGGCCCCACAGACUCUGCAGCGGGACCUUCACAUCAUCCUGGGCGGGCCUCGCGCCUCCCAGAGGCUGCCUGGCCACGGACGGGAGGAGCUGGCGCCCCCUGGCGCCCUGUGGUCUUCCCUCUGCGCCUCUCCCCUGCCCUCCCCUCCCUCUGCUUUGGCUUGCUGGGCCUUGAUCAGGCUUUUUCUGCUCUCUUGAGUUCUCCAUUUCUUCCAGCAAGGGGAGGGCGAGGGCGGGUGGGGCUCCCCGUCCCCCAGCCCCAAAGCGCCAUCCAAGCCACAGAAAACCACCCCCUCCCCCAAACAAUUACUGGUUUGUUGUCUCCUUAGACUGUAAGCCCCUUGAGGGCAGGGAGCGUGGCUGUGUGUUCUGCAACUGUAUCGCGCCUCAAUAAAUGUGAACUCAUUGUUGGCAAA